AUGGGUCUCCCGCGCGGCCCGCUCUGCUGGCUGUUGCUCGUGCUCGCGGCUGCCUGCUCGGGGCUCCUCUUCGCCCUGUACUCCUCGGCGGUGGAGCCGUACCCGGGGCCCCGGUCCGGAGCCAGGAACACCACGUCACCUCGGGCAUUCUUUCCACCCAAGGCAUCGAAUUCUGGGACAAGAAAGAGCUGGCCCUGCCGACACUCACUGUACCUGGCCAUUCAGCGGCACCCACACUUCCGGAGCCUGUUUAAUCUCUCCACUCCAGUGCUGUUGUGGGGGGGCCUCUUCACCCCAGAGCUCUGGGACAGCCUGAGUCAGCACAAAGCUCCCUACGGCUGGCAGGGGCUCUCACACCAAGCUAUCGCCACUGCCCUGAGCCUUCUGAGUGGCUCCGAGAGUGCGCAGCUAUUUCCCGCCUCCAGGGAGCCACCUCCAAACUGCAUUCGGUGUGCUGUGGUGGGCAAUGGGGGCAUUCUGAAUGGGUCCCGCCAGGGUGCAAACAUCGAUGCCCAUGACUACGUGUUCAGACUCAAUGGUGCUGUGAUCAAAGGCUUCGAGCGCGAUGUGGGCACCAAGAUCUCCUUCUAUGGUUUCACUGUGAACACGAUGAAGAACUCCCUCAUCUCCUACAGGAGGCUGGGCUUCACCUCUGUGCCCCAAGGACAGGACCUACGCUAUAUCUUCAUCCCCUCAGACAUCCGCGACUACAUGAUGCUGAGAUCGGCCAUUCUGGGUGUGCCUGUCCCUGAGGGCCCUGAUAAAGGGGACAGGCCUCACACCUAUUUUGGACCAGAAGCCUCUGCCAGUAAAUUCAAGCUACUACAUCCAGACUUCAUCAGCUACCUGACAGAGAGGUUUUUGAAAUCGAAAUUGAUUAACACAAAUUUUGGAGACCUAUAUAUGCCUAGUACUGGGGCCCUCAUGCUGCUGACAGCUUUGCAUACCUGUGACCAGGUCAGUGCCUACGGCUUCAUCACAAGCAACUACCAGAAAUUUUCUGACCACUAUUUCGAACGAGAAAAGAAGCCAUUGAUAUUCUAUGCAAACCACGAUCUGUCCCUGGAAGCUGCCCUGUGGAGAGACCUGCACAAGGCAGGCAUCCUUUGGCUGUACCAACGCUGACCACAAAGCAUGGAGCCCUUUGCUUCUUGCAGAACUGUGGCCAGGUCCCCUCAAGUGACCAAAAGCCUUUUUCUUGAUUUCUCAACCUUUGAAGGGGU